AGGUUCUCAUCUUUCUCUACGCCGUGCGUAUCCUUCCUCGACGACGCCCGCUUGACGCAGCGAUCUCCCCGACACUCUUUCUCCGCCCCGCACCCGCCAUUCCCUACUAGCACUCCUUUCCAGGACAAAGACACAGAAACGACACGACCUUCUCCAACAUCAUCAUGAAGUUCUCUACCAUCGCCCUCUCCGCCGCUGCUAUCGUCGCCUCCGUCUCCUCGCGCCCGCUCAUGCGCCGCGAUGUCAACGCCGCGCUUAUUCCCGAGUUUGGUGUCACCGCCGGCCAGAGCCCCGACGGCACAGGUAACUGCAAGGGUGUCAACAACAUCAACAUCCCUUGCGCGUGCCCGCCCCCGCGCGACCAAUUCGUUACGCUCCUGAACCAGAACGUCGCCGCGGGCCACGUUAUCAACAACCCCUCCGUCGGCAUCUCCUUCCCCGAGGACAACUCGAAGGCGUCCGCACUCGCGCGCCUCAACGCCGCCACCGUCACGCUCCAGAACAUCCACGGGCCUGGUGUCGGCUGCCCGCAGGCGGCGACCACCUUCGGCGCCCAGGUCGCGGCAAUUCAGGCAGGCCCGGACCCCAUCGCGGGCUCUGCUGCGUCGACGCCCGCGCCCGCGCCGGCACCUGCUCCCGCGCCUGCGCCGGCACCCGCGCCCUCGAGCGGCGGGGUUGACCAGUCGCUCGUGCCCGACUUCGGUGUUGUUGCGGGCACGAGCCCCGACGGCACAGGUAACUGCAAGGGUGUGAACAACAUCAACAUCCCUUGCUCGUGCCCGCCCCCGCGCGACCAGUUCAUUGCCUCGCUGAACGCGAACGUCGCGGCCGGCCACGCGGUCAAGAACCCGUCCGUCGCACUCUCGUUCCCGACGGGCAGCAGCAAGGGGGACCAGCAGGCACGCAUCAACGCGCUCCUCGUCACGCUCCAGAACAUCAACGGCCCCGGCGUCGGCUGCCCCGCGGUGUCGACCGUGUACGCACAGCUGCAGCAGCAGAUCAACGCGCUCCCGAACUAGGUCGAGCGCCGUUGAAGUAUGAGGAGGAUACGAUGAGAUCGAGAGGGAUAGGGAUACCCGAGCGUGGCCCGCGCGAGCGUGGGCUACGGACUGUGAUGAUGCUUUGUCGUGCCCGCGCGAGCGCGGUUGUGCUAGUUUGUACGCUCCGAUCUGAAUUGACGGGUGCCAGUCACCCCGUUCCAGCUGUC